CUUGCAGACCCGUCAGAGUGUUUGCAUUCGCGUAGUUCAAUCCGAAGGCGCCACUUAUUAAUUGUUUUACCAGCAGAACAAAAAUCUAAAGUUUAGUGCAUCUACCUAUCUACGGGAUUUACAAAAGUUUAAAUAAUUUAAACAAUUAUUGUGAACCACAUCGUAAAAGAGUAUUUCCAAAGUUAAGUGUUUUUAUUUAAAUUUUACAAUGAAAAACAAAAUCAAUAAUAAUGAAACUGCCAUCACCUGGGUCGGUGGCCAGUAUGUGCCGGAAGGUCUAGAUUGUUCGUACAAAAAUAAGAACAAGUAUUUUUACAGAAAAUGUUACGUUGGACAUCUGACCCUAGAGAUUGGGAACUAUGUACUGGUUUCCAACUUUGACAAAGCAGAUCCCGGAACGAUCGAGAGUUGUGAUAUAGCGCGCAUUGAACAUAUGUACGAAAUAAUUGACGAUGAGAACUCCAGUGAUCCAUUCAAAGCAGUCGUACAAUGGUAUUGCAGACCUAUCGAUUUGCCUGAAAGUAUUUCAAAUGAUGACAACUAUACAUUUGAUUUUGAUCGCGAAAUUAUUGAAGACUCUCGCUUCAAUUGUAAUAUAAAUGUGGACGCAAUUUUCGACCAUUGUCGUGUGGAGAUAGCGGAACCUGGGGUCGUUGCAUCAGAAUUAGUCACCAAAAAGUCAGUUAAGGGUCCAAUGUUUGUAGCGCGCUAUAGACUCCUUAGAAAUGGCACUAGAAAAUUCCAUUUGGAACCUUUAAUUGAUUCCGUAACAGAAACAACACCUCGUAAGAGAAAAUCUUUGAAUCAGCCGCCCAAUACUCGUUCUGUUGGUAAAUCUGGAUCAAAAGAACUACAAAAGACUCCAAAGUUAAGACUAACGCGAUCCAAAUCGGUUGAGUUUGUGAAUGUUGACGCCAUAGAGGAAAAUGUUGAAAAUUUCCAAUUUCAUUCGGGCGAAGACAAGUGGGUGGUCAAGAUAAUCGACAGUGAAGACUAUUCUAAUUACAAGAAAGAUCUUUCGCGUGUCACACAAAGAUUAAACGCAAUCGACGUAAGCGAUGAGGAGAACGUAUCACCAAAUAAAAUGGCACGAAUGAACCAAGCCAGGCGAAAAUCGGGCAACUUUCGCAGAAACUUAAACGAUAGUCUUCGAGGAGAAUCACCCACGUCUGGAGGUGAAGAAAUAAUGAACUAUUCAAUUGUUACAGAUGAUUCUAAAAACACUCCGGACAUGAAAAUAAAAUUAAAAGUGUCGGAACGUCAUAGAUCUGGAUGCGAUACGCCCACUACGAGAAGAUCGGUCAGAAAAAGGUCCACACAAGAGGAUGCCGACCCUUUGAAUAGCGAAACAUCACCGAGAAAAUCUAGUAGACCUAUUUCAAACAAGGACGAGAGUUCACAAACUCCAACUACAAGACCGCGACGAAAGAGUAUUCUCAAAACACCCAGCACCAAAACUUCUGAAAUGAUCGGUACUCCGAAACGAUUGCAACUUUCAAACAUUGUUGAAGAGUUCACAGAGGGCCGACGAAUGUCGCGGAAAAUAGUACAAACCCCCAAAAUGGCGGAAUAUGUCUCCAGCGAAGCUAGAACCCCUCGAUCCAGGGCAAAUGGCAAAGCGACUCCACAGACCACUACUCCGAGUAGUGCCGCGAAGAAAAAACUCAUUCGCUCGGGUGCCAUAAAACCUGCGAUUCACAGUCGAGCGGCCCCCGUGGAGACUGCGCUGGACAAUCAACUGGCAAUGGCCCGUGAACGACUGCAUGUCUCGGCAGUGCCCACUAGUCUUCCGUGCCGCGAAAAGGAAUACAACGAAAUUUAUAACUUCGUUGAGGGAAAAAUUAUAGAUGGCUGCGGCGGCUGCAUGUACGUUUCCGGUGUUCCAGGAACGGGCAAAACGGCCACAACGACGGCUGUAAUUCGUUCGCUGCAAGCUUCAGCCGACGAAGAGGAAAUUCCCAGAUUCGACUUUGUGGAGAUCAACGGAAUGCGACUGACGGAACCCAGACAGGCCUACGUUCACAUCUAUCGGCAGCUCACCGGAAAGACGCUUGCCUGGGAACAGGCCUAUAAUCUGCUUGAAAAACGAUUCAACACCAAAGCGCCUCGCCGUGUAACGACCGUUCUGUUGGUUGACGAGCUGGACAUUUUGUGUAAUCGCCGCCAGGAUGUCGUCUACAACUUACUCAACUGGCCCACCUUGAAUUCGGCCCAGCUGGUGGUCAUCACCAUUGCCAACACCAUGGACCUUCCGGAACGGUUGCUGAUGGGGAAGAUUUCCUCCCGAUUGGGAUUGACCCGGCUCACCUUUCAGCCGUACAACUUCCGACAACUGCAGGAAAUCGUGAUGGCCCGGUUGACUGGAACGUCCGCUUUUGAUGCGGAGGCCGUCCAAUUGGUGGCGCGUAAGGUGGCAGCCGUUUCCGGGGAUGCUCGCCGGGCGUUAGACAUUUGUCGCCGGGCGACCGAAAUAGCGGACGACAAAUCGAAGCUGACCGGUAGGUCCAUCAGCGUUUCCAUGGGCCAUGUUCAGCAAGCUCUCGGCGAAAUGAUUGCCAGCGCCAAAGUGCAGACAAUCAAAAGCUGCUCAAGACUGGAACAGCUGUUUCUGCAGGCAGUCACAUCUGAGGUAACUCGCACCGGCAUAGAAGAAUGCAGCUUCCUCGGGGUGUAUUCGCAGUUUGAAGUGUUGGCUACGUUCGAUGGCAUAACGGUACCCAAUCCAGGACGAGCCAUUGCCAUCUGCAGCCGAUUAGGAGCUUCGCGGCUACUGAUUUGCGAAAAUUCACGCAACGAUAUCUAUCAGAAGAUUUUGCUCAACAUUAGCGCUGACGAUGUGCACUAUGCAUUACAGGCAAGUAAUAUGAUUUAAGUUUUUUUUUUUUAAGUGAUUAAAAAGUCUGACGCAACAUUUAUUUAGUAACAAUUCAUUUAUUCUCAUUAAAGCAACAUUUUUUU